ACAGAGACGUGUGUUCUUUGGUUGUGGAAUCCCUGGCUCCUGUGCAGAGGAACAAUACAUUAGUUAGCUUGCCCCUAAAUAAGCAGCGACUGGCAGCACAGGGCAGGAAACAAGGAACAUCACUGCAAGUCAUUGGUUCUGUGUAUCUGGGCACAGCCAUGGCAGACACCCUGAGGAGACUGGCUAACAGUGAGAAGUGUAGAGUCUUGCAGGAUAAACUGGACAACUGGUACAAAGACUAUCAUAUUAAUUCCUGCGACAGUAAUUUGAAUGUGUGCUGUGAGCUUCUGGAGUUGAAUUCCAAUGUUCAGGGACAACUUUUUCAAAUUCUUAGUGUUACAGCUCGGGAAGGUGGUCAGUAUGCAGGUGUGGAAACUAUCAAGAGCCGUUUCUUGCCUUGGUUGGGAACCUGCUUUUCUACAUCUUCUCCGGGAUCAUUUUCUGAGAACAGUUUUGCAAUUUUAAAUCAUUCAAUGCAAAGAAAACUAUCCACAAGUCAUGAAAGAGAAUUAAUUGAAGUAGAAUCAAAGCUGUCUUCCACACGUAUUGACCUGAACUCUGUCAGACAAGAAUUAUUAGAAACACAAAUGGAUCUAGAAGACACCAAAACCAAAUCUGCAAACACUUUAUUGGCAACUGAAGAAGAGAUACUACAACUCAGAGCAGAGUUGAGAGUUGCUAGAGAGAAGUUAGACUUAAAAUCGUUAGAUUCCAUUGAUGACUAUGAACGACAAAUACGUCUGCUGAAGGAUGAGAUCUCCAUUUUGUCAUCUGAGAAUAGCAUACUAAAAAGCAGACUUUCAAGAAGUCGAUCUCCUAGCCCUAUUCGACAUUCUAGCAGAUCAUCUAGCCCUUUUACAAGGAGUGAGUCCCCUACCUCUGCCAAACUUACCAGUGCCUCUCGUCAAGCCCGCCUAAUAUUUAGAUUUAACAACAUUUUUGCUAACGAUCGUCUUGAUGCACAAACUCUCCUUAGACGUUACAUUGAAGAUUUGGAUAUGGUUCAGAGGAUCAUAUUUAUUGCCACUGUGGAAUCCUUCCGUGCUGCCAAGAUGGCCUUUAGGCAGUUUAGACUCCGAGUACGUAAAUCCCUAUCUCCUUCUCAAAUGGGACCUGAAUCACUGGAAGAUGCUGUCAUUGACUACAUUGUCCGCAACCUAGAUCUGUUUGAUGUCCAAUCCAGUGUUAAUGAGGUUAUCGGUGCCAUGAAUGUCAAUCCUAAAAUCUCAUUCCCUCCUGAAGUGGACUUUAUUCUGAUUAGUGGAUUCAUCCGGGAGGUGUGCCGAGUUGCUUUUGCCAUGCAGACCCUAGAUCCUCCACUAGACAUAGCAUUUACAGCUGAUGGAGAACUCUUUACUGACAGCAAGUAUCGUCGUACAUAUGAUUCAGAACACACAGCCCCUCUGGUAUAUUAUCAUGUCUGGCCUGCCUUAAUGGAAAAUGAUAAUGUCAUUGUUAAAGGAGAGGCAGUAACAAAAAGAGGAGCUCUGUGGAGUUCAGUAAGGAGCAGAAGCAAAAGUGCUAGCCCUCUUCGCUCUCGCUCAGCUAGCCCAGGCCGAAACCUGACAUCUAGAAGCCACAGUCCUUCCCCAAGAAGAAGUGGCACACCAAGAUUCUAAUUGUUUGGCAUCAUGUGUCAAAUCGAAUCAUCAGGGACCAGUUCAGCAUAAGUGGUGCUUAUUUAUUUCCCAGUACCUCAGACCUUCAGUAUAAUAAUAUGAAUGGAUAUUAGACUAGUGUGUGCAUUGCAGUGCAUUUAUCAGUUUGGAUUGGUUUGUCUGGUUCAAUUUUUUAAAAUAUAUUUAAAAGGAAAAAUGGGAUUGUCAGUAGCUCUAAAAACUCCCUACUGUUUGAAACAGUGUUUAAAAUAUGACAGUCAAGUGUUGCUUUGUUUAAGAUAUCUAAAGUUAUAUGUUUAUUUCCAGAAUACAUAAAUGCUCUUAUCAUUCGGUUUUGACACUCAUUCCUUAAUAUAUGUAAAUAUAAUUAAAAUAGUCUAAUUUUAAAAAACAAGAUAAAUCAAUAUUUGAGACAUGAUUUCCUUUGUAUAACUCUUCUACUUGUAUUUUUUCAUAUGUGAAGUUUUAUCAAAUAUUUUUUGAGGGUUCUGCCUUUUUCGGUAGGGUUCGGAUUUGGUUGAAUCCACGAUCCUGGCAGAACCGAAUCUGAAUCCUAAUUAGCAUAUGCUUAAAUGUAUGCAGAAAUAUAUUUGUUGCACAAGUACAUUAUUUUAUCCAGAUGUCAUAUUUUUCAAUAACACUUUCUGAAUCUCUGGCAUGAUUAUAUCAGCAAGAUGGGUAUUCUAUGUAUAUUUUUAGGUGAUGGUGUAUAGUAUUAUCAUUUCAGAGUACAUUCUUAUACACAAAUUGAUAAAACUGGUGUGGGUUUUGGAGGACUCCCAUUUAUAAAAAGCUACAGCAGGGUAGCAUGAGCAUGCAGAAUGAAUGCUUUGGUCGGGAGAUUUUUUUCCAAUUGGAAAUCAAACAGGGAGAUACCAGACUAUGAAAAAUAUCACCAGGGGUAAAUAGUAAGGGUCAUCAUAUGGGGUUUACCUUGAUUUGGGUAUAGUGGCUUAUUAAUUUAGUGAUCAUAAAUUUGUGACAUAUUAAUGAUGUAUGCAUUAGCAAAAAACUAAUAAGUAGCAACACAUUGGGUCUAUGAAUGUUUAUCAGAUCCCACUGUGCGUUUGUUUUAAUUGUAUCUAGAAAGAAUAUCCUGCACAUUUGCACUUUUUAUAAAUAUUCUCUAUAGCAGUUGUGAUGACAUUUGUUUCUUUAUAGAGUGUAAGAUAAGAAAAGUUACCACCGCAUUGCAAACUGAAGACCACUCUCCUCCUUACAAUAAUGGAGUUUACUAUCAAAUAAAUGUAGUUAAACAUAUACAAAAUAAGACAUAUACUUUAACAAAUCUGUUUCAGGUCUGAACAAUAUAUUGUUUUUCCUAUUUAUUUUGGCAGUUUGCAUAAAAUGCUACAGUGUUUUCUCUCAUGUAUUUUGUUCUCUUAUGUACACUAUAUUAUGAUAUCUCUAUGCUUCUCUUAUCUCAUGCAAAAGUGAUAAGCAGUAAAAUGAGUCUGUGCAGCAUGUACAAGCAUAUAUUAUAUAAUCUAAAUGAUUAAAAAAUUUUUUUUUUAUUA